AAAAAAAAAAGUCGACGAAACUGUAUAUCGGAGCGGAGGCGCUAGUUUUUGCCGUCGGCGAGGCAAUUUCCUUUGCCGGAGGAUGGACGAAGUAGACAAGCAACUGGAAAAUCUGGUAAACGAAGGAUCUGCUGCUCGAACAAGACCUACAAGCGUUGAGGAGAUUAGGCUUAGGAGGAAGAGGAAAGUGUCCUUGGAAAAUGUAAAGGAGGAAACCGUUGCAGCAGAUCAGUUACUGGGUAACGAUCUUGUUGAUAAGGCUGCUGAAAAUCUUGACUCUGAAAAAGGGCGUGAUAGAUCCAAGAAGUUGAGGUGUGAAGAGCAUGUCAAGGACGGUUCAAAAAAGAACGAAGACUCAAUUUCUAGUACUAGAGAAGAAAAACUAGAAAAACAGAUGAAAGAGGACCCUGUGGGAACAGCUCAGUUACCCAGUAAAGAUCUUGUUGAAAAGGUUCCUGACUGUCAUGAGUCUGAAAAAGGGUAUGAUAGAUCCGUGAAACUGAGGCAUGAAGAGCUUGUUAUGGACAGUUCAAGAAAGAAAGAAGAGGCUAGUUCUAGCUCUAGAGAAGAAAGACUAGAUAUACCAAUGGAAGAUGAUCCUGGUGGAGCAGCUCAGUUACUGAAUAACUAUCUUGUUGAGAACGUUUCUGACUAUCAUGCGUCUGAAAAAGGGUAUGAUAGAUCCAAGAAAGUGAGGCGUGACGAACAUGUUAAGAACAGCUCAAUCAAGAAAGAGGACAUGAUUUCUAGUUCUAGGGAAGAAAAACCAGUGAAAGAGGAUCAUGUGGGAGCAGCUCAGUUACUGGUUAAUGAUAUUGUUGAGAAAGUUUCUGACUACCAUGCGUCUGAAAAAGGCCAUGAUAGAUCCAAGAAAGUGAGGCGUGAAGUACGAGUUAAGGACAGUUCAAGAAAGAAAGAAGACGCCACUUCAAGUUCGAGGGAAGAAAAAUCGGUGAAAGAGGAUCAUGUGGGAGCAGCUCAGUUACUGGGUAAUGAUGCUGUUGAGAAGGUUUCUGACUAUCAUGUGUCUGAACGAGGGUAUGAUAGAUCGAAGAAAUUGAGGCGUGACGAACGUGUUAAGGACAACUCAAGCAAGAAAGAAGACGCCACUUCGAGGUCGAGAGAAGAAAGAGUAAUAAAAUCAAUAAAAGAGGACCCUGUUAAAGCAACUCAAUUACUAGGUAACGAUCUUGUUGAGAAAGUUUCCGACUCUCAUGCGUCUGAAAAAGGGCAUGACAGAUCCAAGAAAGUGAGGCGUGAAGAACAUGUUAAGGACAGUUCAAGAAAGAAAAAUGACGGUAUUAUUAAUUCGAGAGAAGAAAAAACGAUGAAAGAGGAUUGUGUGGAAGCAGCUCAGUUACUGGGUAAUGAUCUUGGUGAGAUACUUUCUGCAAAAGGGUAUGAUAAAUCCGAGGAAUUGAGGCGUGAAGAGCGUGUUAAGUACAGUUCAAGAAAGAAGGAAGAGGCUGUUUCUAGUUCUAGAGAAGAAAAACUAGAUAAACCAAAAAAAGACGAGCCUGCUUCAAAUAGAAAAAGGAAGGCAGAAGGAGAGAGGUCUGCUUUUGAAACAAAAUUAAUGGAAGAGCAUAGUAAGGAUAGACGAGGAAAGAAAGAAGAAAGUAAUUCUAGUUGUAGGGAGGAAAGACGAGAUAAAAAGAUGAAGAAGGAAAAUCUAGCUGCAAACAGAAAAAUAGAAGGUGAAAUUCCUACAAGUGAAAUAAAAAAAAUGACAGAUAGAGAUGAGCUUGGUAGUAAGAAGCGUCUUCGAAGUCUAGUGGUGGCAGACGUACCUCGGGAUGAAAGUAGUAUAAAACCUGAAAAUGGAGACAAGAAAAAGAAUCAAAAUGGAGAUCAUAAGAAGAAUAGGGAGAUGGAUAUGUCCAAGAGGCAUGAUCAAGGAAAAGUGCAUAGUAUUGAAGUUUCAGAGCGAUGGGAGAGAAGGGAACAACCAAAAUCACAUCAACACGACGUGAGAGAGAAAAGGAGGAGAUCAAGAAGUCGUGAUCAUGGGCGGGAUAGACAGAAAAGGUCAUCCCCCUUACCAAGGGCUGAAAAGGCUAUAUCGCGUCAUAAGAGGAUCCAUGAGGAGAGAUCAGAAAAUGUUGUUAAAGAUAGAUCGAGAAAUCAUCAUUGUAGUGAUAAUGAAAACAAAGUGGCUAGCACUGUAAAUAACAAGUCUAGACGGUAUAGUGCUUCCAAAAGUGAACUUGGUGGAUAUUCACCACGGAAAAGAAGGGAGGAAGCAUCUACCAAGGCUGCUUCUCCGCCUAAUCUUUCUUCUGAGAAAAAAAGUGCUAAAUGGGAUCUUACACCUUCUGUAACUGCUGAUAUAUACUCGAGCUCAGUCUUUUCUGGUCUCCAAGCAGCAACUCAGACAGCAUAUCCUGCCACCAGUGAGGCUUCCUUGACACUUUUGAAGCCACUUAAGGAGGUGCCAUUUAUGAUGCCACUGGUAAGGCAGACCACUUCUUUUGAUUCUGUUCAGCUGACUGAAUCCACCAGACGUAUGAGGAGACUUUACGCAGAAAAUGUGCCGGAUUCAGCCUCGGAGAAGUCUCUGAUUGAAUGCUUUAAUGGCUAUAUGCUAUCUUCAGGGUCCAAUCACAUAAAAGGAAGUGAACCAUGUAUUAGCUGUAUUAUAAACAAGGAAAAAAAUCAGGCACUAGUGGAGUUCCUUACGCCACAGGAUGCCUCUGCUGCACUUUCCCUUGAUGGUUGCUCCUUUGCGGGUUCAAACCUCAAAAUUCGACGUCCUAAAGACUAUGUCGAGAUAACAAACGGUGAUUUGGAGAAUAAGGAGCCCGCCACCUAUGCAGUAAGUGACAAUGUGGAGGACUCAUCAAACAAGAUCUUUGUUGGCGGAUUUCCAAAAGCAAUUUCAUCUGAAAUGCUAAUGGAGAUUGUCAGCGUCUUUGGACCCCUGAAAGCAUACCGGUUCGUGAGCAACAAUGAUCUCAAUCAGCGAUGUGCUUUCCUAGAGUACACUGAUGGAUCUGUUACCCUCAAAGCUUGUGCUGGCCUAAAUGGUAUGAAGUUAGGUGGCAGUGUAAUAACAGCCGUUUGUGCAUUUCCUGAUGCAUCAUCUGUAGCGGUAAAUGAAAAUCCACCAUUCUAUGGGAUACCUGAUCAUGCAAAACCACUUCUUGGCAAGUCUAAGCAUAUUCUAAAGCUAAAAAAUGUGGUUGACUCAGAAGAUCUCAUAUUGCUUUCCAAGGAAGAAGUGAAAGAAAUAUUGGAAGAUGUACGGUUAGAAUGUGCCAGGUUUGGGGUUAUUAAGUCGAUAAACAUCGUGAAACACGAGAGCAAAGAUAUCACUGCUUCUAAAACAAACACAUUGUUGAACAUAGAAUCAACUGUUGACGAAAUGAAUGUGUCAGUGAUCCAGGCGAAAGACGAGGAGUCCAAGAAAGCGGAUGAUAUUGCAGAAAAUAUAGAUCUCACAGAGGCUGUCAGGCCAGUCAGUUUGAUUGGUGAAGACAAGUUAUGUGAACCUUGCUCAGAAACUGCUGCCGAGACAAACACGCAAGCAAAUAUAGAUCAACACUCAGCUGAUCAAGAACAUUAUGAAAAGAUUGUUGAAGAAAGUGCACAGGAUGGGGAAGAGAAUCCACAAGAAGUAGUAUCAACGCGUACCAUGAAAACAAGAUGGGAUACUGGCGACAAGAUAGAGGAAGAACAAGAACAAGACCCGAAGGAUGUGUUUGAGCAGGGUUGUAUCUUCAUUGAGUACAGAAGACCAGAAGCGACACGUGAUGCAGCCCAUUCGUUACACGGAAGACUGUACGAUAACCGGAUUGUGAAAGCGGAAUACGUUUCUAAAGAGCUGUACCAAAUCAGGUUCCCAAGUGGGUAAUAAUAAUCCUGAUCCACCUCCCACAAAAAAAUAUUCAAGUUUGAUUCUUCUCAUCCUGAAUCCUGACCAUAUAACUGGUUUAAACCGAGUCCAGCGAUACAUACAUAGCAUCUACAAUCGAACACCCUUAGAAUCUUUUUGUAAUCGUUGGGAUUGAUCAGGUUGGUUUUUUAUCACCACCUGUUACUUUUUAGUGCAUCCGUGAAUCUAAGAAGUGAAGGUUCAAACUUAAAACCGUACUUUUCCUUGGUGGCUAUGGUUCA